UCCAAAAGUCUGGCUGCAUCGCUAUUUGCUCGGGAAAGUAGUGGACUGUGAGGGAACAGGUCUCGAUGGUGCAGAACAUGAGUGGAUUUUGUACAGUUGAUCUGCUCUAGCACUGAGACACUUCCUCACACAAUGCUGCUGACACUGCAAACGCAUUGGGCCCGCCAAGAGCCUUCUUGCUUCCUGCCUUCAACCUGCUACAACAGGAAGCUGGUCACAGGUGGCAGCAGCAACCCACAAUGCCAGCUGCCGCCCUGCAGCCAGGUUGCCUCUCUGGGCCGCUCUCUUCCUACUGAGACAAUCAUGUCGAGCCAGCACAGCCAUGCACCCUUUUCCAGCAUUCAGCCCAUGGCUGAGCAUCAGCAGAUCAUGCCGGACCUGGCCAUCCUGCAGAGAAGAAUCCCGCUCACUUUUCGGGACUCUGCCACGGCACCGCUGCGUAAGCUGUCUGUGGACCUUAUCAAAACCUACAAACAUAUCAAUGAGGUUUAUUAUGCCAAGAAGAAACGCCGAGCCCUGCAGGUCGCACCCGAGGACACCAGUACCAAAAAGGAACGGAAAGUGCACAAUGAAGGCUAUGAUGAUGACAACUAUGAUUACAUUGUCCGCAACGGCGAGCGCUGGCUGGAGCGCUACGAAAUCGAUUCACUCAUUGGCAAGGGAUCCUUUGGGCAGGUGGUGAAGGCCUAUGACCAACAGGCUCAGGAGUGGGUGGCCAUUAAGAUAAUCAAGAACAAGAAAGCAUUUCUGAGCCAGGCUCAGAUUGAGUUGCGGCUAUUAGAGCUCAUGAACCAACAUGACACUGAAAUGAAAUACUAUAUUGUGCACUUGAAGCGGCAUUUCAUGUUCCGGAGCCACCUGUGCCUGGUGUUUGAGUUGCUGUCCUACAACCUCUACGACCUGCUCCGUAACACCAACUUCCGAGGCGUCUCUCUCAACCUCACACGCAAGUUUGCCCAGCAACUGUGUACUGCACUGCUUUUCCUGGCGACACCUGAGCUCAGCAUCAUCCACUGUGACCUUAAGCCUGAGAACAUUCUGCUCUGCAAUCCUAAGCGCAGCGCCAUCAAGAUCGUGGACUUCGGCAGCUCCUGCCAGCUGGGCCAGCGGAUCUACCAGUACAUCCAGAGCCGGUUUUACCGCUCACCUGAAGUGCUACUGGGCAUGCCUUAUGAUCUGGCAAUUGACAUGUGGUCCCUAGGUUGCAUCCUUGUGGAGAUGCACACAGGAGAGCCUCUCUUCAGUGGUGCCAAUGAGGCGGACCAGAUGAGCCGUAUAGUGGAGGUGUUGGGGCUGCCACCCCCUCACAUGUUGGAGCAGGCUCCGAAGGCUCGCAAAUACUUUGAAAAGCUGCCCGAGGGGGGCUGGGUCCUCCGGCGGGGCAAAGAUGGCAGGAAGGAUUACAAGGUUCCAGGAACCCGGCGGCUGCAUGAAGUGUUGGGGGUAGAGAGUGGGGGUCCAGGUGGGCGCCGUGCAGGAGAGCAGGGUCAUUCGCCUUCUGACUAUCUGAAGUUCAAGGACUUGGUGCUGCGCAUGCUGGACUACGAACCCCGUAGCCGCAUCACCCCCUUCUACGCCCUGCAGCACAACUUCUUCAAGAAAACAGCUGACGAGGGCACCAACACAAGCGCCAGCACCUCACCUAGUCUGGGCACGGAGCACAGCCACUCCACCAGCACCACCAGCUCAGUGUCCAGCUCUGGCGGUUCCAGUGGCUCUUCCAACGACAACCGUGGUUACCGUUAUAGCAAUCGUUACUACGGCAGCAUGGGCACUGUGCAUGCAGACUGCGAGAUGCAGAGUCCCCAAGCCCCCUCUCAGCAGCAGAUGCGUCUCUGGGCCAGCGGUGACAACGAGAGUAUUCCUCACAUCUUACCUCACAAACCCACACCCAGCCAGGCCAUGCCAUGUUUCCCACCGACUGGGCACCCCCCGUACCAGCGCCCUCCGCUCCCGCUGUCUCCCCCUCUCCCCGAGGCCAUGGAGGUGUCUCUGGGCCCUCGCCACCUGGACUGCAACCCCUCCAGCCUGGGCUCCUCAACCUUGCACUUGGGCACCUCAGCCUUCCGGACUAGGACUGCUGGCGGCUCGCGCCCCGAGGGACUCGGCCUCAACUACCCUCUCCGCGGGCGCGGGCACCGAGAAACGGAUGAGACUGCACUGAUGGGUGUCUGCGUGCCCCAGGGCACAGCUGCCAGCUCCUGAUGAUGGACUGGCCCGGCAGGCUAGGAGCCAGUGCCCGGCGAGAGUACUCCCUUGUUGCACCGGAGCCUGGACGGGCCAGGACUGACUGUGUAGGGCAGGGAACCAGUUGCUCACAGAGUGCUUCUCCGCACAGGAGAGUUCGAGUGGGCCCAGGACAUUUAACGGUGGGAUGGGUCGGGUUGCCUGGCUGGCAGUGGCCAGUCUAGAGACCAGGUCCUCUUUGCUACCCAGGAUCCGCCCUGCUGCAAGUGGUAAGCGUUGUUGGGGGAUGGGAGGGGGAGCAACAGUACAGGGGGAAGCAUGUGGAGCCAGCAUCCUCCCACCCUCACAGCCCAGAUGCCCCUUCCCAUCUUUCCGGUCAGUGCUUUCUCUAACUUGCGUGGUUCCUCCUGGCUGCUGCCACAAGCCUCCCUUCCACCCCCCACACCCCUCGAAUCACUCGGCAACGUCUGGGCCUGGCAGCCAUUCCCUUCCCUGGUGCGAGAGAUUUCAACACUCUUGUGUGCUUGGAUGGACAGACAGACUCCUGUGCACUACCUGGACUUGAUAGGCUUGGCGGGCCUGUGUCGGUCCCAUGGGAAUUGCUGCUAAAACUCCCCCCUCCACCCCCGCUUGGAAAUAAAGGGUUGCCCCAACCAACAAUUGAAUGUUUAUGCUGACUCAUGUGCAGCCCUCUUGGACCUGCCUCUUGCUGUGCAUACACGAGGGGAGGGGGGGGAAACAGUGCCUAGGUCUGAGCUCUGGCACCGUCAGGAUGUUCGCCGCACAUGCUGCCCUUACCCUUAGCAAGGCAGCAAAGUGGGGGACAUGGCUCAAGCCUGGACCAUGGCUGUGAACUUUUCAAACUCUGCCUUACUUGAGCGCAUGCCUCUUUGCACGGGAUUCUGUCUGAGCUCAGGCCGUUUUCCUUAGGGUCCUGCUUUCUUGCAUAGGAAAGCGUGGAAACGGUGCAGAGAACAUGGGAUGUGUGUGACCCAGUGUCCCUUUUCCUUCUCAUGUGAGGCUGGCCCCUUCACCCCCACCGCCAUCUUACCCCACUGCCAUCAUACUGGCGUUCAUGUGAAUAUCGGAUUCCUACUGAACAGGCGAGGAACCGAAGCACAAAGAGCAAGACUGGGAGCCUCCUACCGUGGGUCUCUUUGUUCCACCUGCUGCUUGUCACUCACUAGCUACUUGGUGCUGCUUCCAUGCAGCUUGGCACAAGGGGUGAUAGCUGUGCUUUCGUGAGCAGUGUGGCAUGCCCCUAUUCCUUUUCUCUUCAGCUGGUCGGGAUGGCUCUUCCUUUCAGAAGGCAUUGAAGCAGCUGGGUCCCUCCCUACCUUGUCACACAACAAGAGGGUUGCCGUUUGGCACCAAAGCCUAAAGUCGCCCAUCUUCAAUGCAUGGUGGAACUGUUAAAUGUGGUCAACACGGGCAACUGUGUAAACUCUUGCUCUGGAACAGAUUUGCCACUAAUAUUAUAGCAAGCUGUUAGUUCUAUCUAUUGUUCUGUAAGUCAGGGUGUGUGGUUCCAGGCCCAGUUGCAGGCAGAAGGGGGUGGGGGCACCUGGAUGGAAAUGUUAAGUGGCUGGUCACAGCCUGGGUCAGUGGUUCACAGCUAGCUUACUCCAGGAAUUUAUCUCAUUACCUGUCUAGUCAAGAGUGCAAGAUAUAUUUGCACAUUCAGGCCUAAGUCUCUUAGACUGUAGCAUGGAAUAAUUUGACACAGGGCCCAGAAUUCAGUGUCCUGAAAAUCUUGUUUUAAGAAAAAAAAAUUCUUACGGCUAUAAGAACAGGCUGGGUUGUGUGGGAAACUUCUGGCUCAAUAGGAUUUCCAUUGGCCAGAGAUCGGGGCAUCUCAUCUUUGCCAUCCACCCACCGCACUAACAGUUACAUAGAACUGAACGUAUACCUGCAUAUUUGCAUAACAUGCGCAGGUUACAACCUCUAAUCUUUCUGGAUGCAGACUUUUUUGCCCUUAACUACACUAAAGGCACAGUCUUAUAUGUGCUGCUACUGGAGGCAAGGGCAGCAGGGUGGAUGCAGCACAGGGGUGGUGAAAUAGCAUUAGUGCCCAGGCAGGAAGUGUAGAUUGAAGCAUCAGCAGUGGCUGUAAAUGGGCCUUUAGGGGGGAAAAAAUCAAAAACUUUGUAGCAGACAUAAAGUUCAUUAGGAGGCACUGGGCAAGUGAGCACUUAGUAGCUGCUGAGCACUACCCAUACUGCAAGCUGGUCCAACAUUGGGUUCUGAAUGGAAUUAAGUUCAAUAUGUUUGAGCCAAACCAAGGUUUUGCAAGGAAUUGCUUAACACGGGAAUGUAUUCCAUUAGUUCUCUCCACCCAUUUAAAUUAUAAAUACUGAGAAGCGAUGGUCAUUGGGAUUCUUGUAUUCUUGCUUUCCCUUCUUUAUGUCUCUUUCUCAGGCCAGCCCCCCCCUUCUGUGGCUCAGGUUGCCACACACCAUCCCCCUCUGUCUCCUUCAGAAGCAAGUCCGUGCAGUCUGCUUGAAAACCAAUAGCUUUAUUUCACCUGUGACUUGUCUCCUGUGUAAAGUAAUUGCCUGAACUGGUAAGAGUAGCCAAACUUGCAGUGGCAGCUUUUAACCUGCUCGGAUUAGUAGUUGCUGUUAUCAUGGAAUAGCCAUAACUGAAUUUCCAUUGUAAACUGUUGGUAGUUCUGUCUGUAUUUUAAAAAAAGAUACUUGAUAGAGACUUGGCAGCUCCUGUGAAAUCUUGUGGCCAAGACUGGGUGUAGUCUGAUUAUGCACAACCACGGAGGGGAAAAAGAACAUGAAUUAGGUGAAACUUU